CCUUCGGGUGGAUGGUGGCCCGGAGGAGCCACUCGCUGUGUUUUAUCCCCCCCCUGAAGCCGCGGUCGGAAAGGCGAAUCGGGAAAGGGAGCUGGGCUGGUGGCGAUGUCCGUGAGCGGGGGCUGCCCGGCCAGGAGUGCGCAGCCCCAGCGGGCCCGGCGCGGCCUCAGCCUACCACCUCCUCGCGUAGCGCGGGACAGGGGCCGGGACUGAGCCGCCCUGGGCCCAGCAGGGCGAGCAGCCGCGGAGCCCAGAGGAGACGGGCGCUGCCGCGGGGCCGGGGCCGCCCGAGGAUGGGAAUCCUCUUCACCAGGAUCUGGAGGCUGUUCAACCACCAGGGUCUUGCAAUAUCCAGCUCCACUACAGGUCUUCUGCUCCAAGUGAUUUCCUAGCAUCCAGUAUGCUGGCGACAUCACACCUGAAACAGAAGCGCCUACUUACAGGGGGGUCAGAGCACAAAGUAAUCAUUGUUGGUCUGGAUAAUGCAGGAAAAACAACCAUCCUUUACCAGUUUUCUAUGAAUGAAGUGGUGCAUACUUCUCCUACGAUAGGCAGCAAUGUAGAAGAGAUAGUGGUUAAUAACACACGUUUUCUAAUGUGGGAUAUUGGAGGGCAAGAGUCUCUUCGAUCUUCAUGGAAUACUUAUUAUACAAACACAGAGUUUGUCAUCAUUGUUGUGGACAGCACAGACAGAGAGAGAAUUUCUGUAACUAAAGAAGAACUUUAUAAAAUGUUAGCACAUGAGGACUUAAAGAAAGCAGGUUUGCUUAUUUUUGCUAACAAACAAGAUGUUAAAGAGUGCAUGACGAUAGCUGAAAUAUCCCAGUUUCUGAAACUAACUUCAGUUAAAGAUCACCAGUGGCAUAUCCAAGCAUGCUGUGCUCUAACUGGCGAGGGGUUGUGCCAAGGACUUGAAUGGAUGAUGUCAAGACUUAAAAUCAGAUGAUUUUUAAUGACCUCUUUGCACCGACAUUGCAUACAAAAGUGCUGUACCUAUGGAUACCUUAGUUACCUGUACCUAUGGUAACCUGCAAAAUUAAUGGGUUAGAUGUAUUUAUAAUAAACUGAUUUCAACUUUAUUUUCUACACACAUAUAUUAAGACCACCUCUUUGAAAACAGAUGAAGAUGAAAGCUCUAGUUUAUUUUCCCAUUAGUUUACUCUGAAGAUAGGUUUAAAAACUGUGGUUGACGUUCUUCUCAAGAUAAAGCCACUCAGGACUAUGUGUGGUGAGUAUGAAGUGAGAGAGAGGAAUUUUUAACUUUACAUUUUAUAUUCCAAUAUAACCCUCCUAGUUGAAGGUGUUGGCCUCAUUAUUCCAGUAAAUUAGCAAGCAAAUCAGUGGCAUAGGUAUUGACUUUCCAGUAUUUUAAAAACUUGUUGAAAUGUGCUACAGAUACAAAAAUAUUUUCCUCUGUGUACUGUACAUAUUUGUGUAUAUUUAUACCUCAAGUUUAGGUUAUCCGAAAUCUGUUCCAAGAAAAAGUGAAUAACACUGAAUCUCGGUGUACUCAGAAUAGUACUAAUGUUGAGAUUGUUGACAUGUCACAACUGCUUUUCCUUUGUUCUCUGUACUGCUCUAACCUUCACCAAAUAAUUGGUGCACCAUUUCUUUAUAAAGUGAAAUCUCUUAAGACUA